AUGGAAAGAGCUGCAGAGUAUGAGCAUAUGAAAGAUGUUCCAUAUGCAAGUGCGGUUGGAAGCUUGAUGUAUGCAAUGGUUGGUUCAAGGCCAGAUUUGGGUUUUGAAGUGGGAUUCAUCAGUCGUUUUAUGUCUUAUCCUAGCAGGGAACACUGGGAAGCAGUUAAAUGGGUUUUAAGAUAUGUAGCUGGAGCCUACGAUCAGUGUUUGACAUUUAAGAAGUCUACAGAGUUCAAGGUGGAGGGUUAUUCAGACUCAGACUAUUCUGCGGAUUUGGAUAAGCAAAGAUCAGUCUCAGGAAUUGUGUUUAAAGUUGGGGGAAAUAUUGUGUCCUGGAAGUCAGGACUACAGUCAGUGGUGGCUUUAUCCACCACCAAAGCAGAGUUUAUGGCUCUAACAUUGGCAGUCAAAGAAGCUAUUUGGCUAAGGAAUUUCAUUACAGAGAUAGGUUACCAACAAGACAGUGUAAGGAUACACUGUGAUUCUCAAAGUGCAAUAGCCCUAUCUAAAAAUGCAGUACAUCAUGAGAGAACUAAGCACAUGGAUACACAGUUCAAUUUAAUCAUGGAUAUUGUAUCUAAGCGAAUCGUCAACCUAGCGAAGAUACAUACAUUUAAGAAUACUGCAGAUUUUCUGACGAAAUGUGAACCUGGUACUAAGUUACAGCUCUGCUGUGAACUUCUCAACAUCUGCUAA